AUGACAUCAUCAUUAUCAUCAACAGUUUCAAUAGAUAAAUUAAUUGAACUUGCUGUUAAAAGAAUGAAAGAACUUUCAUCUGUUGUUUAUUCAAAACAAAGUUCAUUAAAAACUCCUAAAUUAACAUCAUUACUAUCAUCAAUAUUAGCUUGUAUGACUGGUACAACAACUAGUAAAAAAAUUAAAACCAAAAUAAAACAUUUUGUUGAUUGUAUUGAUCAAACAAGAUUUCUUUCAUGGUUAAUGAUCGGUUCGUUAAAACGUGCAGUUAUAACACGCAAUAAAGGUAGAAUAAUAUGUCAUCGAAUAUUUGUUGUUGCAAGUCAAUUAAUAACUGAUUAUAUUUUAUAUAUUUUAACUAGUUUUGUUGAUCAAUCAAAAACAUCAGUUAUUCAUUUGUCUUUAUUAUUUCAUUCAUUUAUUCUUUGUCAAGUAUGA